CCACAUAGCUAACGUGACUUGCACACCGCCACAGAGUCAGUAUCACUGCCGCGCAAAGACGCUUCUCUUGUUAUUACCGCUUUAUCCAGCCGAGCCCGCCUCUGAGGGCCUGCCUGACCGUCGCAUAGGGUCGGCAGGCUCAAGGGCGCGGCCGGCCCGGCUUCUGUUGGGAGGGACACUAGCGAUCCCCUAGUCUCGCCCCUGGAUAGCAAAAAUGGCCAGCGUGGACAGGUUUCCCUUCAGCAGCGCGCCUGUGCGUCAGGUCAAGGCGAUUCAGUUCAGCGUCUGGGACCCGGCUGAAAUCAAAGCGUACUCGGUCGCGGAGAUUGUCACCAGCGAGACCUAUGAGAAGGGCAAGCCCAAGCUGGGCGGUCUGUCGGACCCCCGCAUGGGCACGAUGGACCGUGGUGGCAUCUGCACCACUGACGGCGCAAACGCAAACGACAGCCCGGGGUACUUCGGCCACAUCGCGCUCGCACGGCCGGUGUACCACAUCGGCUUCAUAAAGACGGUGGUGCGCGUGCUUCGCUGCGUCAGCUACCACACCUCCCGCCUGUUGGUGGACAAGGAUGACCCCAAGUACGCGUACGGCCUGCGGAUCAGCGACUCGGAGAAGCGGCUGCGCUACUUCGUGCACCUGUGCCAGGGCAAGAAGAUGGAUGAGGCGACGGGCAACCCGCAGCCCAGCUACCGGCUGGACGGGCUGAAGAUCAUGGCGGAGUUCCCCAAGCUCAAGGGCGACGAGGAGCAGGAGCAGGACAACGUGGAGCGCAAGCAGGAGCUCACAGCGGCGCGCGCUCUGGAGAUUAUGAAGCGCAUCCCGGCCGAGGACUGCAGAGCCCUGGGCUUCGACUGCCGCUUCACGCGGCCCGACUGGAUGAUCAUCCAGAACAUGCCCGUGCCGCCGCCGCCCGUGCGCCCGUCCGUCAUGAUGGACAGUAGCAGCAGGUGCGAGGACGACCUGACGCACAAGCUGGCCGAGAUCCUGCGCACCAACAACGCCAUCAAGAAGCAGGACGCCACGGGCACGCCGCAGCACGUGAUCGCGGAGCAGAUCAUGGCGCUGCAGUACCACAUCACCACCUACUUCGACAACUCCAGCCCGGGCAUCCCCAAGUCCAACCAGAAGUCGGGGCGCCCCAUCAAGUCCAUCAGCGAGCGCCUCAAGGGCAAGAGCGGCCGCAUCCGCGGCAACCUCAUGGGCAAGCGUGUGGACUUCUCCGCGCGUACCGUGAUCACGGGCGACCCCAACAUCGGCAUCGACGAGCUGGGCGUGCCGUGGUCCAUCGCGCUGAACCUGACGUUCCCCGAGACCGUCACGCCCUUCAACAUCGAGAAGCUGCAGAAGCUGGUGGACAACGGCCCCAACCCGCCGCCCGGCGAGACGGGCGCCAAGCACAUCAUCCGCGAGGACGGCCGCCGCGUCUCCCUGGCGGUGGUGAAGGGCGACGCGGACCGCCGCCUGGAGCCGGGCGAUAAGGUGGAGCGGCACCUGAUCAACGGCGACCUGGUGCUGUUCAACCGGCAGCCCUCGCUGCACAAGAUGUCCAUGAUGGGGCACCGCGUGCGCAUCCUGCCCUACUCCACCUUCCGCCUCAACCUGAGCGUGACAACGCCGUACAACGCCGAUUUCGAUGGCGACGAGAUGAACAUGCACGUGGCGCAGACGCACGAGACGCGCGCGGAGAUGGCCAACCUGAUGAUGGUGCCGCGCAACAUCGUGUCGCCGCAGGCCAACAAGCCCGUCAUGGGCAUCGUGCAGGACGCGCUGCUAGGGACGCGCAUGAUGACCAAGCGCGACAUCUUCAUCGAGAAGGACAACUUCAUGAACUGCGUGAUGGGCAUCGAGGACUGGGACGGCACCGUGCCCAUGCCCGCCGUGCUCAAGCCGCGGCCGCUGUGGACCGGCAAGCAGAUUUUCUCCAUGUUCGUGCCGGACGUGAACCUGAAGAACAAGUCGGCCUGGUACAAGGACGCGGACGUGCCGGACAUGUCCGUCGACGACGCGCAGGUGCUCAUUCGCCAGGGCGAGCUGCUGACGGGCGCGCUGUGCAAGAAGACGGUGGGCAACGGUGCGGGCGGCCUGGUGCACCUGACGUGGCUGGAGCACGGCCCGCACGCGGCGCGCGGCUUCAUCAACAACGUGCAGCGCACGGUCAACUACUGGGUGCUGAACCACGGCAUGAGCAUCGGCAUUGGUGACACCGUCGCCGAUGCCAAGACCAUGGCCAAGGUCAACGAGAUUAUCGAGGAGGCCAAGCGCAAGGUGAAGGAGGUGGUGGAGAAGUACCAGCAGAACGCGCUGGAGGCGCAGCCCGGCCGCACCAUCCACGAGAGCUUCGAGGCGCAGGUGAACCAAAUCCUGAACAAGUGCCGUGACGACGCCGGCAAGGCCGCCUACAUGUCGGUGGACCUGUCCAACAACAUCAUCAAGAUGGUGACGGCGGGCUCCAAGGGCUCCAACAUCAACAUCUCGCAGAUGAUGGGCUGCGUGGGGCAGCAGAACGUGGAGGGCAAGCGCAUUCCGUUCGGCUUCCAGAACCGUACGCUGCCGCACUUCAACAAGGACGACCUGGGCCCCGAGGCGCGCGGCUUUGUGGGCAACUCCUACCUUCGUGGCCUCACGCCGCAGGAGUUCUUCUUCCACGCCAUGGGUGGUCGUGAGGGCCUGAUCGACACGGCCGUCAAGACCGCGUCCACCGGCUACAUCCAGCGCCGGCUGGUCAAGGCGAUGGAGGACAUGGUGGUGCGGUACGGGGGCACGGUGCGCAACAGCCAGGGCGAUGUGGUGCAGUUCCUGUAUGGCGAGGACGGCAUGGACGCCGUGCGCAUCGAGGGCCAGAUGUUCGAGUACCUGAAGUGGGACCCCGCCAAGCUGGACAAGGCGUACCGCAUCGACACCACCCGCGACAUGCCGCCCGACUGGCUGUCCGCGGAGGAGUACGAGGCGCUACGGACCGACCCCGCCGUGGAGCAGGCGAUGCGUGACGAGAUGGCCCAGAUCAAGGAGGACUUGCGCGUGCUGCGCGAGGAGGUGCUGACCAACGGUGAUGAGAAGGUCAACAUCCCGCUCAACCUAGCGCGACUCAUCUGGAAUGCCCAGACCAAGUUCAACUGCAAGCCGCACAGGCCCGGGUGGACGGGGCUGCAGGUCAAGGAGGUCAUCACCAAGGUGCGGGAGCUGUGCGAGCGGCUGGUGGUGGUGAUUGGCAGCGACGGGCUGUCGGUGGAGGCGCAGCGGAACGCCACCAUCAUGUUCCACUCGCUGGUGCGCAUGCACCUGGCCUCUAAGCGCGUCAUGUCCGAGUACAAGCUCAACAACAAGGCUCUGGACUGGCUGCUGGGAGAGCUGGAGACGCGCUUCUUCCUGGCGCAGGCACACGCGGGCGAGUGCGUGGGCACUGUGGCGGCGCAGUCGCUGGGUGAGCCCACGACGCAGAUGACGCUCAACACGUUCCACUUUGCGGGUGUGUCCGCCAAGAACGUGACGCUGGGUGUGCCGCGCCUGACGGAGCUCAUCAACCUUGCCAAGAACAUCAAGACGCCCACGCUCACCGUGCACCUGCUGCCGGGGCUGCGCGAGAACAAGGACGCCGCCAAGGAGAUCCAGUCCAAGCUGGAGUACACGUGCUUCAAGAACGUGGUCAAGACCACCGAGAUCUGGUACGACCCGGUGGACCCCGCCAACGCCAACCAGACCGUCAUCGGCGAGGACGAGGAGAUGCUGUCGUCCUACUACGACCUGGCGGGCGACGAGGAUCUGGCGGUGCUUCCGCGGCUGUCGCACUGGCUGCUGCGCUUCGAGCUGAACCGCGGCGCCAUGCUCGACAAGGGCCUGACGCUGGGCGCGGUGCAGAAGGCGCUGCAGGACGAGUGGGAGGACUUCAUCAACGUGCUGGUCAACGAUGACAACGCCGAGAAGCUCAUCAUGCGCAUCCGCGUGGUGAAGACGGAGGAGGCGAGCAAGGACGAGAGCGCGGACCCCACCGAGGACACCAUGCUCAAGCUGAGCGGUGCCAUCAUGGACGUGCGCCUGCACGGAGUGCCCAACAUCCGCAAGGUGUUCAUCCGCGCGGAGAACCAGCACGUGUACGACAAGGAGAAGGGCGCGUUCCGCAAGUACGAGGAAUGGAUCUUGGACACGGAAGGCAUCAACCUGGAGCAGGUGCUGGCGUUCGAGGGCGUGGACAGCCGGCGGACCAUGUCGAACAGCAUCAUUGAGGUGCUGGAGGUGUUGGGCAUUGAGGCUGCGCGCGCGGCGCUGUUCAAGGAGGUGCGCAACGUCAUCCAGUUCGACGGCUCCUACGUCAACUACCGCCACCUGGCCUGCCUGGUGGACAUCAUGACUUGCAAGGGCUGCCUGAUGGCCAUCACGCGCCACGGCAUCAACCGCAACGGCAACGGCCCCAUGACGCAGUGCAGCUUCGAGGAGACGGUGGAUAUUCUGUACCGCGCCGCCAUGUUCGGCGAGCGCGACAAGCUGAUGGGCGUGUCCGACAACAUCAUGAUGGGCAACAUGUGCCCGCUGGGCACCGGCAGCUUCGACCUGCUGCUGGACGAGAGCGCGCUGGAGAGCGCCUUCGAUGUGCAGAUCGGCAACCUGGCGUUCGGCGAGGACUACACCAUGACGCCCGGCCGCAUGACGCCCAGCCGCUCACCGGCGCGCACGCCCGGGCCCAUGUCGCCCUCGCACCUGCUGUCGCCAAUGCACUCGCCCUUCGUGGGCAGCGGCUUCAGCCCCAUGCACCCCGGUGCUUUCAGCCCGGCGCACGGAGGCGGCGUGGGCGGCCCCAUGUCGCCCGGCUACAGCCCCACGUCGCCGGGCUACAGCCCCACCAGCCCGCGUUACAGCCCCACCAGCCCGGCGUACAGCCCGACGAGCCCGGCCUACAGCCCCACAUCACCGGCCUACAGCCCGACCUCGCCGGCCUACAGCCCGACGAGUCCGGCAUACAGCCCGACGAGUCCGGCCUACUCGCCAACGUCCCCGGCCUACAGCCCCACGUCACCGGCAUACAGCCCGACGAGCCCGGCAUACAGCCCGACUAGCCCGGCAUAUUCGCCGACCAGCCCGGCAUACAGCCCAACGUCGCCGGCGUACAGCCCGACGUCGCCGGCUUACAGCCCGACUAGCCCGGCCUACUCGCCGACCAGUCCGGCCUACAGCCCCACGUCUCCGCAGUACUCGCCGACUUCGCCCAACUACUCGCCCACGUCACCCACGUACAGCCCGACUUCACCAUCCAUGUCGCCAACGAGCCCGCGGUACUCGCCGACGAGCCCCAACUACUCGCCGACGUCACCCAAUUACAGUCCGACGUCGCCGCAGUACUCGCCCACUUCGCCCCAGUACUCGCCAACGUCGCCGCAGUACUCGCCCGCGGCCAACGAGCCUGGGCCGGCGGCGGGCGGCGCGGGUCCAAGCGGCGCCAACCCCAGCCCCGCCUACAGCCCCACCGCGGAUGUCAGCCCCGUCUACUCACCUAGCGCCACCAUCGGCUCACCCGCCUACUCGCCCACGGCGGGCACCACGCCCACGGGAGGUGGUGGUGGGGCCGCGGGCGAUGUCGGGACGUCACCGGGGCCUGGCAACGCGCCGUACAGCCCUCAGGGCACCAGCCCCGCACUGAGUCCCUCGGGCUUCAAGCCGUAAAAGCUAGACUGGAUUCGUGGGCGUGCGUGGGCGGCGUUUGGGUUUGGGUGUGCUGUGGGCGCAGCGUGCUGGUGGUAUUGCUGAUUAGGCAGACUGGAUUGUUGGCAAGCGGUUCACGAUUUGCAGCUGCAUGUGCUGCUGCGAGGGGACUACCGGUAGUGCAGUGUGAUACGGUAUGUGGGAUCCGGACAGGCGCGCGCCGAGUAGACUUGGCGCGGGUGCUGAGGCUCUGCAGGCAUGAGGCGCAACAAGGCACAACAGGGACAUGCAGGGCAACACCGGAGAGCACUGUCCUAGGCGAGGCGAUUGUGCCAGGUUUGCAGUAGACGCGCUCCCAUUCUUGUGUGGAGGCGGCCGUUAGCGUCCUGUAGGCCAGAUACCUGGCCUAGCGAAGCCUGGUACAAAGCCGCCGUAAAUAUGUCUGGGGUUUGAAGCUAUUUCGAUGUGACGGUGGACGUGGGUGUGGGCGCGUUUCCUUCAGUGGGGAACCAUGGGAGUAGGGCAAUCCGUAUGCUCACGUGCAGCUGAUGCAGUUGAUGGCAGUCUUCAGCCCCAGUGCAUGAUCCGCCAGGUGUGUACGGGGUAGGAGUGGGCAGUGGCAACCACGAGUGGCAACAGUGCGGAAUACUUCAGUGCGUGUAGUGUUCGGCGCACGGAGCCUCUCACCCCACCAGUCACCCAGCCUGUCACCCACUGCCACACAUUCUGCCCACCCAUGCAUGGGUGCGCGUGCUGCAACCAUUAGAGCGCAGCGGGCAGUGGCAAACCUAGCAGCCAUCCUUUAAGCAACACUAUCGCUA